AUGCUAAAGGCACAGCAUAAAAGUAAUAUUGAAAAAGCAAUUGUAAUUGAUAAGGAUUUCGUGGGUGUUCUUAGAAGUCCAGAUUUCCUAUUUUCAUCAACCCCGUACAAAGAUCAUUUAUCACCUCCAACUCAAAAAGUUGUAUUGGUCAUACCAGGGGAAGAUGAAGAUUAUAAUUCAACACGCAUCAAGAACUUAGCUUCUGUCUUGUCAUCGGAACUAGGUUUAUACAGUUUGCGGAUAAAAAUACCAUAUGAUGAAUCUAAAAGAAGUAAUUGGCUGAACUUGGAGAAAGGUGUUGAUUACAUUGAUGUAGCUGUGAAAUAUAUUGCAAAUGCCAAUAAAGAAGUUCAAUUAAACUUGUGGUCAAUUAUAGGAUAUUUUGAUGGUGCAGCUAUGAUGUUUGCAUGGGUAAUAAAGCAAAAUGAUUUAUAUUAUUCCAAAUGCUUGGAAGAUAGAAAAAAAGCUAUAAUUGUUCCAAAUUUAAUCAAUUGUUGUUCCAAGUUUUAUCUGAAUGCAUUCAAAUCGAAUAAUAAAACUCUCUUCAGCGAAGAACUUGAGGAAUAUGAGUACAUGUAUGCAUCUGUGAGACCCGAAGAACUGAAGACAGACAUUAAAUUAGAUUUUUCGAAAUUAUGUCAGUUGACAAAUCAAACUUCUGUAUUGAGUAUGUAUGGUUCACGGGAUGACGAUAUAGGCUUGGGAGAUUGUGGUCACUUCACAAAUCUUUUAAAUAGAGGAAGAUACUCUCAUCAUUUGACUUUUAUACCAAAUGCUGAUCGUUACUUUCAUGACGUAAGCCUUACAAAGAACAAUCAAUUGCAAAAGAGCAGCACUGAAGAUUUAGCAACUGAUCGAAUCGACCUCAAUAAUACAGCGCAUGAAGUAAUAAUUGAUUACUUAAGGCCUGAAAAUGAAAUUCAGAGGUUUUUCAGUAUUAGUCUCCAAGGUCGUGGCUCAUCUCGCUGGCGACUGAUCCAAGGUAUUAGUAACUUUAGAGAUAUCGGAGGAUGGAGAAUCAACUCGCCGCGUUCUCAUGAUAUCGAGGAAUAUUUAUAUGUUAAGCCGAACACUAUCUUUAGAUGUGCCACAAUGGAUAAUAUAUCUCGAGAUUCUGGAUUAGAGAAGCUUCGAGAUUUGGGAAUAAAUACUAUAUUUGACUUUCGUACUAAAAGUGAAGCAAAAAGGUGCGUUAAAGAUGAAGAACUACUGAGAUUUGGAUUAAGGAGGAUUCAUUGCCCCUUUGAUAUUGAAGAGAAGCGGGAUCCAAAAGAUAUUCUUGGAAGCUUCACCAACCUAUUAACUAGCUGGUAUACGUAUACUUCAGUGUAUGAAAAUAUGUUAGUUAAUAGCACUGACGUGUAUAAGAAAGUAUUUGAAUUUAUUCGUGAUGAAGUUCUGAAAGGUAAAAAGUUUGUAUUCCAUUGUUCAGCAGGAAAAGAUAGAACAGGAAUAGUAUGCAUGUUAAUCUUGCUAUUUAUGGGGGUCAACAAAAACAUAAUAGCAAGAGAGUAUAGUUUAACCGCUGUAGGGUUAAAGCCUGAAUUUGAGAACAUUAGAAAGAAGUAUUUGGCGGGAAUUGGAAUUUUUCAGAAGCAUGAAACAUAUGCAGAAUUUGAAUCCAAUUUAAAACAAGGGCGUGAUAGCUGGAGCGUUGAAAAGGAUGGAUUCGAUAAUUUAGUAAGUUCAAGAUGUGAAACAAUGUUAGCUACACUUAGUAUAAUUGACAGAAAAUUUGGUGGCAUUGAAAAUUAUCUAAAAACUUACGUUGGACUUACUGAAGAUGAUUUGAAAACAAUCUAUUUUAGUCUAAUUCAAAGCGAGAAUACUUAUGUUUCGUAG